UCCGACGUUGGCCUGCCCGCUCAUUGACCUCGAACCCUAGCCUGUCUUUUCUCAAUCUUUUCUUCGCUCAGCUCGAUGCUCCGCCUCCUCGUGUCCUCUAUUCUUUCCCUUCUAGUGCUUGUAAACGCACAGGGGAUCAUCGAUCUACCUGUGUGUUCCCUAAGCUGCGUAACCCAGACGGCUGCUAGCGUUGGAUGCCUUCUAACGGACACGACGUGUCUCUGCUCAAAACCCAACUUCGUCUCUACGACAGUGACGUGCGCACAAGGGUCUUGCACACUCCCAGAUUUGAGUUCUACCAACGGAGUGUUGAAUGAGAUUUGUGCAACUGCACCUGCACCCGCCACCUCGUCCUCAUCGUCAUCAUCAGCUGUACCCUCCAUCUCCAUCUCCUCCUCCACCUCCUCCACCUCCGUUCCAGAAAUUUUCACCGCUACCACCUCAACUUCGACCACAGUCGUCGCACCAGCGGUUAUUACCAGUCCUCCGACAACAACCAGCGUUAUCACCAGUAGCUCGACGACCAGUGAUAGCACCACGGUCGUCGUCGCUACCAUAUAUCAGCCGCCUACUUCUCAUGCGGGAGGACUGAGGGUUGGAGGGCAGUUGACGCUUGGUAUGGUUGGGUUGGUGCUCGGUAUGGCUGUAUGGUGCUGAGGGGGCGUUGAACACCAAUUCGUUGUUUCACGCGGUCGCCCGGAAUCCCAUUUUCAUUGCGCAGGUUCGACCCCCGUUCAGUUCCGCAUCACCGCACCUUCUUCCUCUGACCCCCCAUCAUAAUUGCCUUCGCCGCCCUCUACGUGACACUUGCUUUUACUUUUGGCUGGAACCAUUCUCUUCAUUCACCAAUACCACGAUCUAAUCACAUCUAUACCAAAUGUUA